CGACAGUCUACUGACUUGAUAGUUGAUAUUUUGGGAACAGUUUGAGAAUCGUAGAAAUACUGAAAAUGUCCAUCCCCUACAGUGGAACUUUCAGGAGAUCCGGAGGUGUAGUUUCUGCUAUUGGAAAACAAUUAAAAGCUGUUAAUCUAAAAGCUGCCAGGAGAAUCACAGUCAAAUUUGAUCCUUUUAGUGAGAACGUAACUCAUACGAGGAAUUUCUUGCACUAUAUUAGUUCACCAAAGAUAGCAUUGACAAAUCCCAAUUGUAUUUUAAAAACGGAAAUUGUCUGUGAUAGAAGUGAACCUACGGUGGAUAUAAGCAUUUUACCAUCAAUAGCAGAAUCGGCAAGUUUGAAAAGUGUCACAUUAAAGAGUGGUAAUUUAACAUGUUUGGAGUUGUUAAAACUGCUUAACAAACACAUUUCAUCAUUAGCACCCCCAGAACAAAUUAUAACACCAACUAAAUUAGAGAAAAAAAAAGGAAAGAAAAAGUAAACAAUUAUGUCCAAAAAAGGAAACCUUAAUGUUGUAGAAGAACUAUAUAAUCAAAUUCCAGCGUUUACUGAUGUCUUUUCAGAAGAUACUUUCUAUAUAUUUGUUGUACUUUUUGUGAUGUCUACAUUUUUGGUUGCCUUUAUUUUAUCUAGAUUUGUUACUAUAAAACCCAUAGAAAAAUAAUUAGAUAUGCCAUAAUAUAUACAAUAAAGAGUGUAUUGAUUGGUACAUAUA